AUGUUUUGGCGGACAAUUUCAAUCUUUUGCUAUGCAAUCUCGUCCUAUGCGUCACAAGAGUGGGAUUUGAUUUCUGAACUGCCACCAGGCCAGACAGAAGACGGUAUAAGAUUACAAGCAGUUUACAAGUUCGAAGUCUCAAAAAUUAGAGUAACUUCCUGGUUUGACGACCGUUGCUCUAAGUGGGAGAUAGACGUAUCGCUCAUUUACAUCAAAAAUCCACCAAGCGACAUUGAUAAUUACUGCACAUUAACAUAUUUAGUUUUGAUGUGCAGAAGACGUAAACAUCUAUCCCAUGACAAGUCCUGGUUAAAGCAGACUUUGAUUGAUUAUCUUUGGAGCGGUGUUCUCCCCCUCGAUGAAAUGUCUGUCAUACAAAAUCUGAAUUAUCAUUAG